AUGUCGAUCCAACCAAUAAUCACUUUCAAGGCAGGGCUCUGCGAGCUCGACUCCAGUUCCUCGCCUCCGAAGGUCAAGCCACUCCCAACUCCCGGAUACCUCUACCUCUACGAUGAAGAUGAGCUGCUGCACCUGUGUUGGCGGCCGAGAACAGCCCCAGUCGACAGCCCUGAGUUGGAUCUGUUGAUGCUAGCGACCGAUGGCACAUUCACCCCCUACCACGGCAAGACAACCGAGAAUGCCUCAAAUCACAAAAGCCCGACGACAGGAAGAAUAUAUGUACUCAAGUUCUCUUCUAGCUCACAACGUCACCUCUUCUGGCUCCAGUCACGCAGUCAGCAUCCCCAAGAUGAUCUGUCAUGGUUCAGUCCAAGAGAUCUGAAACUAGGAGAGAUCGUGAAUACCCUGCUACAGGGUCAAGACGUGGAUGUCCAACAAGAAAUGGCAGAACUGCCCAAAGAUCAAGGUGGCCCGGACGAUGAUGAUGAACAAAUGGAAGACGUUGAGGGCACGAGUCACGAUGUCAACCGCCCAUCAACAGGUGGUCCGGGAGCAGGACCUGAUGCUACUGGCGGUGACUUUCGUGAGGAGGGCGCCGAGUCAAGGGAGGGCGGAGCAGACGGCGGAAGAGCGCCUGCUGGACUGGACACCAAUACCAAUGAUAUAAUUCAGAACUUCAUUCGGUCAAUAGGAGGCAAUCAGGACCAGAACCGUCAAGCAGCUCCACAAGACAGAGUGUUCACGACCCUUGCCGAAUUGCUUACACCAGCAUCGACGAUACCUUGGAUCGAGUCUGCCGACGGCAACCUUGUUGAUCAACUACUGCAGUAUCUUCCACCUGCACUGGUGACUUUAGCACAAGAAGGAGACGAUAUGUCCGCGUUGAACACGGAUCAUGUCUCGAUCGAAGCAGCUGAGCAAGCUUUGAGCCUGGAUCAGAAGAAGGACAUCUUGCGUCGGGUCAUGCGUUCUCCACAGUUCUCACAGAGUCUUGCUAGUCUCACCAUUGCGUUACGGGAUGGUGGUCUCCCAAGUAUCAGUGAAGCUCUCAAUAUCCCGGUACGAAAUGGUGGCUAUAUGCGGCGUGGUGGUGUUCCCCUAGGAGGUGGUGAAGCUGUUGAAGUUUUCCUGGAGGGAGUCAAGGACAGUGUGCAGAAGGAAAAGCCGCAGACUGGCGGAGACCGCAUGGAUAUCACAUAG